GAUCGCUCAAUCAGUCGUACAACUGUUCUAAAAGGCGAGAAAAUAUCCCAUAUUUUAUUACGCAACAAAUUUAUGGCGGUUUCCGUGUAUACAUAUAUCAUACAUCAGAGAAGAAAAUCCGCAACUUCAUACUGACAAACAGAUAGAAGAGGAGAAUCAGAAGGAAAGAUAAUCAAAAGGGUUUUGGACUUUGGAGGGGAAGAGAAAGAAGAAGGAAUAGUAAUGGCAAAUGACUUCUUUUGGUCAUAUACAGACGAGCCUCAUGCUUCAAGCAGACGUCAAAUCCUCUUUCAGUACCCUCAAAUUAAAGAGCUCUUUGGCCCUGAUCCCUUUGCUUUCCUCAAGAUAAGUGUGGUUGUUUUGCUUCAACUAUGGACUACCACUAUCCUUCAUGAUGCCAGCUGGUUGAGUAUAUUGACAAUUGCCUACUUCUUUGGCUCUUUCCUAAACCACAAUCUCUUCUUAGCCAUCCACGAGCUCAGCCACAAUCUUGCCUUUUCGACUCCUAUCUACAACCGUUGGCUUGGGAUUUUCGCCAACCUCCCCAUCGGCGUGCCUAUGUCCGUCACUUUCCAAAAGUAUCACCUCGAGCAUCAUCGUUUCCAAGGGGUAGAUGGUAUCGACAUGGAUGUUCCCAGCUACAUCGAAGCGCAUUAUGUGACUAAUGUUGUCUCAAAAUCAAUAUGGGUUAUCUUCCAACUCUUCUUCUAUGCACUCCGUCCUUUAUUCCUCAAACCAAAGCCCCCCGGUUAUUGGGAGUUCAUAAACUUAUUUGUUCAGCUCGCUCUUGAUGCAACCAUUGUUUAUUUUUGUGGGUGGAGAUCUUAUUCUUAUUUGAUCCUUUCGACAUUCGUUGGGGGUGGAAUGCACCCGAUGGCUGGCCAUUUUAUCUCCGAGCAUUAUGUAUUCAAGCCUGAGCAAGAGACGUAUUCUUACUAUGGUCCCCUCAACCUUUUAACAUGGAGUGUUGGCUAUCACAAUGAACACCAUGAUUUCCCAAGGAUCCCAGGGUCCAAGUUGCAUAAGGUGAAAGAAAUCGCUCCUGAAUAUUACGAAUGCUUGGAAUCGUAUAAAUCUUGGAGCCAUGUUAUUUACAUGUAUAUUAUGGACCAAACAGUUGGACCUUUUAGUCGAAUGAAGAGAAAGCUCCCCCAAAAAAAAUGAAUAGGUUGUUUCUC